CUUGUUUCAGCGGAAAGAAAAGUUAACCAAUCUUGUAUUCACGAGUCCCAGUGUAAUGGAACAGUAAACGCACAUAUCUGCUUUAGAAACAGAUGCUGGUGUGAUUUUGGUUAUGUUCAAUCGAAGGAAAAAUGUGUGAAAGAGUUAAUGCCAUCGGCAUCAGAGGAAAUAUUUCCUUUGGCAGCAAGUUUAUCUGGAGGACUGAUUAUUGGCCUUGUACUUUCUGCGAUAGUGUCUUGUGUGCUUAUGACGAAAAAGACAAAACAAUACUCAAAAAGGAAAAGAAUUCUCAGUAACAAUUCAAACGCCUUGCUUUUGAGUAGGAAGUAUUCAGAGCAUUCUACGGAAAUGGAGAUAUAUCAUUCUAUCGAAGAACCAGAGAUGGAAGAAAAAGCAAAAACUACAAACAGAUACCAACAGCAGUCAAGUCUAGGUACAGGAAAUGGCUGCUUCGAUCCUAAUACUGCCGAGAGAGAGAAGUCACCUGAAAAUUGGGUCCAGUCGGAACGUCCAUAUGAUGUCUCCAAUAUUGUCGUUCUGCCAUCUGAGAAUGGUGCAAAUAAAACUACAGAAAAUAAUGACUACUUUACAUUAGAGAAAACGGAGUGCUAAAGGCAUAAGACUUUUUGCUAAAAUUGAUCAAUUUAAAACAUGUAUUUGAGGCCUAUGUUUUACUUAAAUAUAUAAUAUUAUAUUUCUAAUACUCUGUACAUAAAUAAGUUACUAUAUGAAAACUUAGAAGAAGUAGUCAAACGAAAAACAAAAGGAUUUCGUUGUGUGCUGACUGUAAAAGAAGGUAUAUUAUUUUAAUUUCAGCUCCUUUACGUUAGUCUCAUCUGUAAAGUAAUACAUAAAGCUUGUUACAAUAUGGCUUGUAAUGAAAGUAUAUAUAUGAAACAAAGAAAAUUUAA